AGUGGAGCAGUUUCGAAGGAGCAAAGGAAUACUCUCUCUCUCUCUCUCUCUCUCUCUCUCUAAUUUUCAAACCCACUCCUCCUACUUCCUCCUACAACUGUCAUUGGUGGUUCAGUUCAUCAUCUUCUUCUCUCUACUCUUUCUUAAUUUACUAGCUAAAGAGACAUGCAUGGCACCUUCAAUAAUCAACCACCCUUUUCCACCAGCUUCAGCUAUGAUCAAAGUAAUCUUUGAUCUUCUAAACUGACACAAUCCAACAAGACAUGUUUGACAUCUUGUUUGGAUGGAGAAAAGCCUCCAAAUGCAAGAAACUAAUUAGGCGCGUUCAAUGCCGCCUCAAACUGUUGAAGAAUAAGAGAUGUUCAAUUGUCAGGCAUAUUCGCGAAGACGUUGCUCAGCUUCUCAAAAAUGGCCAUGAACAAAAUGCCAUCAAUCGGAUUGAGCAGCUCUUUAUGGAUGAAAGCAUAGUGACUGUAUAUGAUCUACUGGAUCAUUUCUGUGAAUUCAUCAUCAUCCAUCUUUCCUACAUCCGCAGACACAAGGAUUGUCCUAAUGAUAUCAAUGAGGCGGUGUCAAGUCUUAUAUUUGCAUCUGCAAGAUGUGGGGAUCUUCCCGAGCUUCCGGUUAUUAGGAAGCUCUUUGGGGAGCGUUAUGGUCAUAGAUUUGCAACGGCUGCUCUUGAAUUACUUCCGGGGAAUCUUGUGAAUCAUCAGAUAAAGGAGAAACUCUCCAUAAAGUCGGUAUCAGAUGAUGUGAAGUACAUGUUGGUGGAUGAAAUAGCUCGGAGUUGUCUUCAGUCAAGACCUUUAGCAAUCGAGUAUAGUUCUGAACUGCAACAACAGCAGGCAAACAACAAUUCUGUACAUCAAGUCCCGGAUGGAACUGAAGGAUUUCAAAUUCAUGCUUCGGAAAAUAGAGAGACUGAAGGAAAGAUCUUUCAUGUUGAUGUCUUAUCAAAAGGCAAUAAAUUUAUCAACAAACCAUUUCACUCUCACCAAGAGUCUGAUGCAAGUGGAAUUCCCACCGUUUGUUCGACAGGCUUGCACUCUUUUCCUAACACUUCGCCAUCAUCUAUGCAUAAGAAAGAAGGGAAAGUAGAAAAGUACAUCCAGCUGAAUUCUCCAUCUGAACUCACAAUUUCUGGUCAGAGUACCACCAGAAGUUCGAGUUCUAGCAUAAGUACUAAUGCUGUCACGUUGGUACUCAAGGAAGGGAACAUGGCUGCAGAGUCUUCUUCCGAAAGUUCAUCCCAAUUGCCAGAGGAAAUGAUAUACCUCGAUGACAUUGAGGAGUUCCAGUCUCCCACAAGUAAAGACGUAAAGUGCCAGGAUCAAAGACUAUUUAUGUUCAAAUCACCUGUUCUUCACAAUAGAGAGAAGUUUGAUUAUGGUUCAAAAGAAGAUUAUAUAGAGCAAUCUAAAUCAUGGAAUGAAAAUGUCAACUCAAGAAGCUCUACGAAGAGCGGGAGGGCAGCUGGAAAGAGGUUAAGGAGAAGAUCAGUUUCUCAGGAAAGUAGUAGUGUGACGGAUGUAGAAUGUGAACUUUAUUAUGGCAAGUCAUUUGAGAAUUCCCCAAAUCUAAACUGGAAAUCUCAUCACUGCAAAAUGUAUCAGAAGAAUAUUCAAAUGGAUGAAAGCCAGGAAUCAUAUAAUGCAGAAGAAAGAGUAGAACAUCAUCCCUGCUGCACGAAAAGGGGAAGCAGCUUUAAGACCGGCAAGUGUAGAUAUGAUCAGAUGAAAUCAUGCUACACGGGGGGCUUUAGAAGUGAAAAAGUCAAUGGCUGCAGCUUGGAAAAUCCAUGUUAUUUCUGUGUUAGUGAAUAUAAAGAAGAUUGGGAAAGUCCACCAUGGAAGCAAAAGAGGAGAACGACAACAUUGGAGGAAUUUCAAACUCAUUAUGCCAAAGAAGGAAAAAUGCAGCAUGACAAUUGCUAUUGUUGCUGUUCUUGCAAAGGAGAACAACAUGAUCAGGAAAUGGGAUUGGAUUUUGUUCCUCAGAAACCAAGAAGAAACUUUCAAAGUGUUGGUACAAUGAGCAACAAAUUGACCUACCAAGAUCACUGGCCUAAUAAGCAAGGCAAGGAAGUGGAAGGAGGAGGUAGACAUAUUGAUUCUAUAUGCUCUGGCUCGAAAUUGGCUAGUCCUCGGACAAGAAAAGAAACACAGCCACCAUAUUUUAGGGCCAUGACUAUGCCUCCUGAACGGCCGAAAGAUGGUUGCACUGAUAACAUUGUGAGGUCCAACUCAUUCCCAUUUGAACAGCCUUCUCCCCAUGUCCAUCCAAAGUUGCCAGACUAUGAUGAAUUAGCAGCUAAGUUCAGGGCUCUCAAGAAAGCAAAUUCGCAAAAUAAGCAUCUCUGAAGCUGCUAGAGACGUGAACCGAGCAUGAUGCCUUCUGCACUGGAUCAGAUAUUCAGAUGUCUAAUAUUUAUUCCGAUAUUUGUCUCAUUUAGCUGUCCAUUUUUCCCAUGUUAUGAUCAGUAGAAUUACCUUCUUAAUUACUUAUUAAGAAUGGGAUGAUUUGUUUGGAACGAAAUGAUUUGUAUGAUGACAAUGGUUGCACAAGAAGUUCAGAGGAAUUCUUUAUUUUAUUUUUUACAAAUGAAAUGUUGAAAGCAAAUAUAAAGGAGUAAAAAGUUGCUUUUAUGAGUU